ACUUCAGUUUUACCUGCAAAAUAACCACUGCGAGUAAGAUAAACACGGGCUUUCAGAAGGGCUAUCUUGAUUAGGCUUGACCCCAACCAAAAAUUCGCUCUAAGAGUAGGCUUAAGUUUUGCAAAGUAAGUGAUGGCGUUAUGGAGGAAGAUAAAUCCAACUUUGUUCGUUCUUACCUUUUUAAUAAUGUUCUGUCUGGCUGCUGGAAGACCUUACCAUAGGGAGAAACGCAGUGGAAUUUCUGAUCAACGAUUAGCUGAAAUAGAGACUUUAAUCGCAAUGUCCAAAUACGCUCGAAACCGUGCUAAGGAGGUUACAAGCCCUAUCGCUUUUGGAGUUUUUGAUCCUACGAAUUUAGGGAAAAGAAAGAGGUCGUAUGGUAUGUCUUCUGCUGAGGGAAAAUAUGAUGAACAAUUUCCCCAGUUGUACACAUUUCCUACAUAUAACACAGAAAAAUAUGGAAAUUCAGAGCCUCCAAGUUUGUUGAACACCGAUCUCUCUCACCUUUCUUCCCUGGACAUUCUUCACCUAUGGAGGUUAUUUUUUAAGCUACAAAUCAGAAAUGAAAAUCAACUGGAGAAAAAUGAUAAACUUCACUGAGAAAUCUAAAGAUGAAAAUAAAACGACUCGAAGAAUAUGGAGAAUGAUAAAAUUAUUAGAGCAAUUUUUGCUUCUUUUAUUUAUAUUUAUUUUGUACAUAUUUAUUUAUUUUCUGGAUAUGGCAAAGUUAUGACUACAUACAGUCUUAUCGUCUAGGAUAUGGCUGAUCUUGGAGUAGUUCAUCAACAUUUAGAAAUCUGGCACUUCUGGCUUAUUUAACGAGUUGGCGAUGCAUAUUUGAGAAGCAUUUGUUGCUUCGCAUAGCUGUUUCUUAAAUUAAUUUGACUUUUUCAUAUUGUAGAAUUUUCAGACCUUUUGUUUGUGUCAUGUUGAUAAUAGAUGGUGUACGGUUUUGUCACUAAAAUAAAAAAAGGUUAUU